AUGCCGCGCAACGAGCCGCGUGACCGUGAGAGAGCCCGUGACGGCCGCUCUGGGGGCGGCCGCUCCCGGUCGGCCCGCGACAGAGACCGCGGCUCGCGCCGUCGUGGCGACAGAGACCGCGGCGGGAACGACGGCGGCGGCGGCGACAAGCGCCGGUAUGGCGGCCGCGGCUACGGCCGCGACAGAGAUCGCAGCUUCCACUCGGUCUCCAACGGCGGCAUGUCUGCAGGCUUCCUCUACGACCUUGUCGAGCGGCUCAACGAGCGCCCGGCGCCUUCGCCCGUCACCUCCGGCCCGUACUCGUACUCACACGAGGCCAUUGCCACUUUUUUCUCGCCGCUCGCGGCCUUUCCAGGCUCGGCCCUCGACGACCCGACUGUCGCCAAUCUGUUCCAGGAGCGUGCCCGCGGGCCCGAGUCGUCCAAGGAAAUUGAAUGGGCCGGCCCGCCGCCGCGGACCCGCCGCGGCGACGACGGCGACGACGCUCUGCGGGUGAAUACCCAAAAUGCAUGGGGUUCGCGCUCGGCCGUCCAAGAGACGCCGACGCCCACAGCUGACGCCGCCGACGACGACGGCUGGGAGGUUGUGGGCGCCAAGACCGCACGCAAGAAGGAGGAGCGCGCCGCCGAGCGCGCCGCCGAGCGCGCCGCCGAGCGCGCCGCCGAGCUUGCCCGCGCCGCGCCCGAGCCGCUGGUUACCGGCUCGCGCCUCGCGGCCGCUGCCGUCGCCGCUACCUCGCCCACCAUGACCGGCUCCUCGCCGCCAACCGUCUCGGUCGAGACGAGUCUCUCGUCGUCGCCGCCGUCCGUCGCCGCCAUCGCCGCUUCGGGCGCUCUACCCUCCCCGGCCGCCCUCGGCUCGCCGGCCUUUGCCGCCGCCGCUGCCGGCAACUUCCACCCUGCGCUUGCCCCGGCCAGCUACCACUCGCUCCAGUGGCGGUACGUUGACCCAUCGGGCAACGUCCAGGGGCCGUUCCCGUCGUCGCGCAUGCAUGACUGGGCCGAGGCCGGUGCCUUUAACGCCGUCGACGACCUGCAGCUGCAGCGUUGCGACAACGGCGCCUCUGCCUUCCUCUCCCAGCUCAUGUACGAGCGCAAGACGCCGUUCAACCCUCAGCACCCCAUCUACCACCUCCACACCCAGGCGGCGAUCCAGGCCAAGGCGCAGGCUCAGGCGCAGGCUCAGGCGCAGGCGCAGGCUCAGGCUCAGGCGCAGGCUCAGGCUCAGGCUCAGGCUCAGGCUCAGGCUCAGGCUCACGCGCUCAUGCAGCACCAGGCGCAGCAGCGCCAGGCGCAGCAGCUCCAGGCGCAGCAGCAGGCUGCCCAGCAGGCACUCCUCCGUGCGCAGCAAGUCAAGCAGCAGGCCAAGGCCGAGGCAGCCGCCGCCCGCGAGCAGGCCCAGCGUCGUGCCGAUGAAGAGCGCGUCCGCGCCGCCGCCAAGACCUCGUCAGGCCGCGAGUCGGGCUCGGCCUGGGCAACUGCCGACGCCGAGCGCCAGAAGCGUCAGGCCGCAGUCAACCUCCGCCACGCGCAGGCGCAGGCCAAGGCGCAGGCCAAGGCGCAGGCUCAGGCGCAGGCUCGUGCGCAAGCUCAAGCGCAGGCUCAGGCGCAGCAGCAAGCCCGAGUCGCCGCUGCUGCCAUCAAAGCUGAGCCGGCCAUGACUUUUGCCGAGAUCCAGGAGCAGCAGGCGGCUUGGGAGGCCCAGCGCCGUGCCCAGGCCGAGGCCGAGGCUGCCCGCAAGCGCGAGGAGGACCGCCUUCACAAGAAGCUGGGUUGGAAGGGCGGUGCUGGUGCGCAGCGCAGCGGGAGCGGCCUCUCGCUCCGCGAAAUCCAGGAGCAGCAGGCGGCCAUCGACGCCGCACGGGCGGCCAAGGCGCGCCCGGUCAAGACCGGCAUGUUUGGCCGGGCCGGGCCGACGCCCGCUGCGGGCUCGGGGCGGCGCAACAAGUCGCUCCUGGAGAUCCAGGCCGAGCAGGAGGCGCUCGAGGCGAAGCGCGCCGAGGCGACCCGUCGCCAGGCCUCCGCCCGCGCUGCGGCCCGGCCAGCCCCGUUCCACUCGAUCCGCGCCAUGCUCGAUUGA